GAAAGAACUAUAGACAUAGACACUUCAAAAAUCAUUAUGCUGGACCAGAAGAUUUGGAGAAUGUCCUCUCUAAGCCACCUAACCAUUGCACUAAGGAGGCUUGGCAGCUUAUUUGUGAAAUGUUUUUGAGCGAAAGAUUUUUGGCUCGUUCCGCUAAAAAUCAAGCAAACAGAAGACAAAUGAAGUAUGUGACAACACAAGGCACAAAGUCGUUGGCAGCUAAGCGUCACGAAUAUGUAAGUGAAGAUGUUAAUUUAAUUUUAUAAAAUAACACAUUCUGAAACAUUUUGUUUACAUUUGUAUAGGAGAACCCGCAUGCGCAUGUUGUUGAUACUUGGAGGGAUGCUCAUAUGAGAAAAUCGACAAAAUCUUUUGUCAAUGAGGCAGCUCAACAAGAUUAUGAAAAAAUGGCGGCUGAGGUUGAGAGGUCACAGAAUGAGAGGCAAAGUCAACAGCAGAGUGAGGCAUCUCUAAAUGUAUCUGGUGUUGAUUCGUCCCCGGUCGAUCAAUACGAGAUACUAAGUAAAGUACUCGGGGAGAGAUUUGACUACCAAAGAGGAGUGGGUUAUAGGGCGAAAGGGAAGGAAAAAAGGACAUCCUCUAGCUCUACAGAUCAAAUUCAGUCCCAAGCAAAUACUGCUGCUUCGCCUGAUGAAGAUAUGAGAGUUAUGGCUUUGCUGGUGAAGGAAAUUCGUGAGACGUUUGAGACUUCGACAACUGUGCAUCCCAGUAAACUGCAUAACCCAAUGUUUGACAGUUUUCUGCAGAGGCAUUUUCCACCACAAUCCGAAGGUGCUUCGUCUUCUCAGUCUCCGUCACAGCAGUAUCAGCCUCCGUCACAGCAGUAUCAGCCUCCUUCACAUCAGUAGUAUCAGCCUCCUUCACAGCAGCAGUUCCAGCCUCCUUCAUAGUAUCCGCCG